AUGGAGCUUGCUCAGGAAGCGCAGAAAGAGCUUGAGAUUGAAGCCCCCUUCCCGGAGAAGCUCACGUGUGGCAAUGUGGUUCUGUACCACCUGCCCGGCAAAGUGACAAAGUUGGCGGUCGGCCUUGUGCUUUCGCUCUGGCGGGGAGUGAAGCAACCGAAGCUUACUUCGCCAGAUGUCCCGCUCAAAAAUUGCUUUGCUGCGCGUGUGGUGAAGCUUGCAAAGAAGGAUCCUUACCCCGAAUCAUUCAACUUUUUUGGACGUUUCAUGAUGUGUCGUUCUUUCUACGUUGAUAUUCUUGGGGGAUCUUAG